AUGGCUCAAGGUACCGUCAAGCAAAAGGUCAAGACCGAGCCCAAAAAGGGCGCAAGGCCUACCGGUCCUCAGACCGGCAACAGAGUCAUCAAGCCCAAGAAGGCCGCUAUGCUAAAGCAGGAACAGCUGAAGAAGAAGCAUACCGCCGGUCUGAUCACUUUGACCGAACGCUCUCUCGCCGAGAAGGCUGGCCAUCUUGAGAUGCUCAAGGGUGGCAAGAAAGACAGACUCGAGAAGGCCAAGAACAAGGCUUUCAGCAAGAAG